AUGCAUUAAUCUAUUAAUAGAAUAUAUGAUGAAUAGAUAAUUAAUUAAUCUAAACAAUCUAAUUUAGCGGGCACAGCUAGAAAGUUAUAAAAUGUCUAUAAUAAUUGUUAAAUUUGUAAUUAAGGAGCAAGAUCACUUGAAUCUUUAUUGACUUGUUAGAAGUGUCAAAUAAAAGUUCAUUAGAAGUGCUAUGGACUUGAGAAUGUCAUAAAUGCUUGGGUUUGUGAUUUGUGUUUGAAUUUUGGAAGCUAAGGCAAAUUUUUGAAAUGUCCAUUGUGUCCAAAGUUAGGAGGUGCCAUGAGAGAGACAACAUUGGCAAUGAAGGAUUCAAUAUUUGAAUAAUCUAAUCCUAGCUAUCAUACUUAUGCUAUGAAUUAUAAAAUUGAUAGAUAAAAACCACCACCUGAUGGAGAGGAAACAUAUAAUUUUAUGGUCUUAUAGUAUUCUUUGGAUACUUUGAUGGGAGAACCACCAAAAUCUGAAAAAAUAUGGGCUCAUGUUUCAUGCAUGCUUUGGCUUGAUUUUGAUUUACGUAACAUUGAUAAGAAAAAGUUUAACUAUUUGUGCAGCAUUUGCAAAACCAAAAAAAAUGGAGCCUGCCUUUUGUGUACCAAAUCAAAAUGUGGUAUUGCUUUUCAUCCUGAAUGUGCAAGGAGGUCUCAAUUUUAUAUGGAAUCUGAUGAAAUCUUUUGUUUCAAGCAUCAACCACUUAAAAUUAAAAGAAUUUUUGAAGAUUAACACAACCUAUGGAAAGAAGAAAUUUACUAUUUUUUUAAGCAAUAUGAAAAAUUAGAAUAAUACUUGAUUCAUAAACCAAAAAACAAUGAUUUAGAAUUCUAAAAAUUUGAAAUCAAAGUUCAGCAAGAAGAAAUAGAAGCGGAUAUUAAAUUAGAAAAUCAAUAAAUAUUUCAAUAAAUUACUGAUAUAAUGGAAAGAGAUGAAAAAUUCAUUAUUACUUUAGAAAACAACUAAGUUACUAAUAUUUAAUAUCCUUACAAAAGAUUAUCCGUUUAUGAUUUAGAAGAAAAUGAUAGAAUUUGGCAAUAAUUAGCUAAUGAGAAGUACACCCCAGAAUAAGUCUAUGUUCUCUAUCAAAGAGCAAUUAGGAUGAGAAAGAAGAAGAAGAUAUCAAAUAUAAUUUCUCAAUUAUAAAUGACUACUCAAUAAGAACUACCAAAUAGGAAGAGGCAUUCCAUAUAUUCAAGACCAAAGAUAUUUAAACGUCAUAAAAAAUAAUAAAAGUUAAAUGGUACAAAUAAGAUUUCACUGAAGAUUAAAAUUCCAAAAGAAGCUAUUAGUCUGUAAUAUUGUAUUUGCAAGUAACACAAUGAAAAUGAAGAAAUGAUGCAAUGUGAAACAUGCUAUGAUUGGUAUCAUCUAAGUUGCUUGGGAUUUCAAGGGAGUAUUGAAGAGGCUCAAAGAUUGCUAUUCUAUUGUUUCAAGUGUGAAUCGAAACUUACUAAAGAAUAAAGUAAAUAUAUAAGGAGAUAUCCUUAAUAUUUUGUGGAUUCAACAUUUCGAGAUCUGAAAUUAAAGAUUGGCAUGUCCCCACAUGAAUUAAGAAUGCAAGAGAAGAAGAACUACAAAUAAUUGUCUAAAUGA